GGCGAGCCCCGAGCCAGAUGCAGAUAGCCAGAUUAGAGACGAAGGCUGCCCUGACGAAGGCAAAGGGAGACCAAGUGGCUCGAGGCGAAUACGGGCAGGCACGUGGCCAAACAAAGUGCAUCCCCCGCGUGUGUCAGAGUUCAGCAGACCGUGCCAGACCUUACCCGAUGUGGAGGGAAUGUUAGAAGGCGGCCCCUCUUUUAGCAGCUUUGGUGUAGACAUCCACCGGGACCAAGAUACACCUCGAGAAAUGCAAGAAAAGCUUUGUCUCGACUCCUCUGCCUCACAGUCUGACAAUUUAGAGGUUAGGCCACCAGUGCAACCUUUGUGUGUGCCAAAGAAAUCCUAUUCACAAGACUUUAGGAGUGUUAAAACCCCGCUAGAGACCCUUGAAGACAGAAUCCUACUCUUUGAGGGUGAAGAGCUGAAAGCAAAGUGGAAGAUGAAAGACGUGAUGGGUGAGUGUGUCCAGGAGCCCGAUCGCCACUUCUCAGUCGGAGAGAAAGCUACGGGACUGGCUGGGGAAGUGGGAAGAAGUCCAGGCACGUUGCAAGCCAGGGAAGAAGAAAGCUUUUACCGCAGGAACAAUGCAAUGACUCUUUUCGAUGCCGGUCCUGCAGGUGACUGGAGUUUGCAGGAGACAGUUGGGGUUCCGUGUGCUCAAGAAGAGCUGAGCUCCUGCAGCCAGCUAUCCGAGAGUAGAAGUGAAAGGAAGGUUCGACAUGGGGCUUUGGGUGAAGCCAUCAGUCUGUGCAAGAGCAAGGAGGCCAUCAGCAGACCUGAGAGAAAGGGUUUAAGGCCGAUGGAGCUGAUGGAAGUAGGAGCAGUUAUAGAAGUAGCCAGUGGCAGUGGUACGCUGGAGAGCCACUCCACAGUCCCUCAAGAGAUCAGAGAUGUACUGCUCUGCCUCCAAGGGGUAGAUGCAGAGAGAGGAACCGAUCUGGAUCUUUGUUCUGCAGUGGAUCCUACAUCAAAAUGUGGUUUUUCCUCUGCUAACGACGGCCGGACAAAUGGCGAAGGAAGUGGUUUGAUAUCAAAGUACAAUAGCAGCGAUUCAGCCAGUUCAGAUAACGACAGUGCACCCCAGGCGCUGGGAGCGAGCCGGCACUCCCCUGCACAGCACCAGCUUGGGAGUCGGAAGGAUGUGUGCUCCAUCGCAGGAGAGCCUCUACUGCCUCGUCCCCCUGUAGGGUCACCCCUGGCUCAGACCCUCACUCCUGCCCAGGAGGCGGAGAGGAAGAGCAGCUCCGAGGGUGUGAAAUUGUGCCUGGGGCCGCAGGAAUGUGAGAAAGGGCCCAGCCCAGAACCUGAAGACGUUAGCGGUGUGAACCGCGCUGCCCAGGAGUCUAACGGUGCUAGAGCGCAAGGAGAAGUAAAGGGAGGAACCGGACGGGCAGAGCAAGCUGCGGGAGCGCAGGCAGAGAGAGGCGCAGCAGACUCGGAGGGUGAGUGCCCGGGGAGCAGCAGUCGCUGUCGGCACGUGAACGUGGAGACGACCCAAAGCAGAGAAACCGCGGGGAGGUACAGCAGAGCAGAGGCUGGCGAAGGAGCCGGCGGGAAUGAGUCCUCAGGCACCCUGCUAGCACCCGUCCAGGCGCCCCUGGGGAUCCUCGCCCCGCUACGUGGCCUUGCGGCGGCUCCGGCCGGCGUCCAUCGCGGAUCGCUGAACUCGGACGUGGGGAGCUCGGUGGACUCCAGCCUCGUGGCCCAAGGAGGAACGCAGCCUGCAGAGCCCUGUAAGCCCACCAGCCAGACCACCAAGUUGCUGGGCUUGGUCUGCGAAGAGAAGAGUCCCUUGGACGCAGCGGCUCCAGAUAAAGGGAGAAACGGAGAGGAAGAAAGCGAGAAUGAGAGCCUCCGUGGGACGGCGAGACUGUUCAAGAACCUGCACAUGGACGUCAGCGCCCUGGGAGGCAGCUUUGACUCCGAGGAGAACAGCAAAGCAGAGGAGCACCGUGGCAGCCGGGCAGCUGAUGCCGCUGAAGCUGCUCUCCAGCACCGAAGGAGCCCUGCAGAGGAAGCUGGCAGCCUGAGCGAGAAGGAGUCUUUAAAGUCAAGACACGCCGAAGAAGGGCGAGAGUCUUCCUUGGAUUCUGACGCCGCGUGCCCCCCGACUCCGGUUCAAGUCCUUCCUGGAGAUGCUGACAGUAGCCUGUCUGGCCAGCACAAGGAGGACUCCGAUGGGAAACUCGCUGGGGAUGAGCCACCGGGCCGGAAGGAUACGGAAGGGGAAGGUGACAUCUCCGCAGCUGAUGAGCUGCCACAGUCUCAGGGGGAAAGGAGCGCAGCGGGGACAGAUGUGCCCAGCGGUCCCGGGCAGCCUCGAGUUCCGUCUCCGGCUGCUGGAGCUGCCGAGGCGGAUCAGCUGGCAAGCCCGGCUGCCGCUGCCGACACCAGGUCUGUUGAUGAAAAGAGAGCGAACGAAAGGAGGGAAGAAGCAGCAGCUGAUCUGCAAACAGACAGCAGGCUGGAUGCUGGCAAACUUUCAAAGGCAUCCGAGACCAGCGACUGUGGGGAGGAUUUGCAAGUUUCCAACCGCUCGGACCAUGAGCUGAUUCGGCCUACGGACUUGGCUUUCCAGAGUCGGCUCUCUGAGCAGGUCCUGGACGUGGGGCUUCUCUCUCCUGUUUUGGACAGCCCCACGGGCAAGGCCCAGGAGCUGGGAGAAGAGGAAAAAGACCAAAGCAAAGCCAGUGUAGAGGAAGAGCAAAGCAAAAGACCAAAAGCUGCCGAGAGUGAGAGGGAUCAAAGUGCUUGGGAAACAUCCGAAGAGAAGUGUUUUGCUUUAGAAAAUCCACAUCAGGAGGAGGCCGUGGCCCAGGAGCCGGAGGAGGGAUCGCUGGAUAGCCUAAUCAAUCCGGAGGAGCUUGCUGCCCCGCGGAAAGCGCAACCUGAGAAGGAAAUCAAACACGAGCAGUCCUUCAGCCAGCCUAGUGAGGAAUCCCUGGAGGCCAUAGCCAAGGAGCUGGAGCUGGAGCUGGAGCAAGAGAAAAUGCAUUUAUUGCAAGCAAAGAAGGAGAAAAUUCAGCAGUUCCAGGAGGAGAUGAGGCAGCAGGAGGAGGAGGAGGCUCAGAAGCUUCAUCAGCAAAAAGAAAAAUCCCUCAGGACUCUAAAAGCAGACUUGGCAAAGGUGUCUGAGGAGGAAGAGUUGCGUGUCAGAAAGGAAGAAGCUGAGAGGCUCUCAAAGCUGCGAGCCAGAAUCACCUCGGAGACCGAGGCAGAGGAGGAGAAGAUAAGGGCAGAGCAGGAGGUCGCGCUGCAGAAACUAAGAGAAGAAUGGGAGUCCCUGCAGGUGAUGGAGAAGGAGAACCUGGAGAGGAAGCAGCGGCUUGUUGUGGAGGAAAUGAAGCUGGAAAUGGAGGAAGCUCAGCAGAAAGAGAUGAUCGGGCUGGAGCAAGAGAAGGAACGAUUCCUGAGUGAGCUCAAGGAGAGAUUAGACAGCGAAAAGAAGAAGGCAGUAGAAGAGCUAGAGACGCAGUUUGCAACCGAACUCCAGCAGGUGAAAUCUGCAGCGGAAGAGAAGCAUCGUAAGGUCAUUUCCAGCCUGCGAGCCCAGAUAGCAGAGGCGCAGAGGAGCGAGGAGGCUCGGCUGCGUGACGACUUGCAGAAAGCAGAGCAGAAAGUGCAGCAAAAAGCGUAUCAAGUAACAGCAUAUGAACACGAGCUCGGCGAGCUGAUGAGAGAGAAACGCCAGGAAGUGGAGAAAGACCAUGAGAGGAGAAUGGAGAGGAUGAAAGAGGAGCACCAAGAGGCCCUAGCACGGAUUCGGAUUCAGUACGAGGAGGAGGAGAGGAAGCAAAGAGCGGAGCUGUUCGAAGGCCUGCGAAGCGAGAUGGCGCGCCUCCGCCAGCUCCAUGAGGCGGAGGUGAAGGCGCUGCAGGCAGAGCUGGGCGAGCGCCUUGAAGCGUUGCAGCGCAGGCACCGGGAGAAGGAAAGAAAACUCCAGGACUCAGAAAACGAGCUGGACGUGCGCCUGAAGAACGUCAAGGCCAGCUCAGCGCAGCUCCUUAGCCAGGAGGAGUCUCUCAGGAGGAAAAGGCAGCAGCUCCUGGACGAAGACAGACGGACUGAGCUGGAAAGAGAUGAAGCUGCUUUAGCUUCUCAACUCCGGCUGGAGGAGAACAGGAAGGAACACGCCAGCCUCCUCGAGUCCAUCCGGCAGCUGCGCAGGUCUCUUGAAGAGCUCCAGGACCAGAAAGCUGAGCUGGAGGCCCAGGUGGACUUGUUGCAGACCCGAAGCCAGAGGCUGCAGAAACGCAUCAGCGAGCUGGAGGCAGCUGUCGGGAGCAAACAGCAGACCUUGAAAGAACUGGAGGCAGAAGAAAGCGUGGAAUCUCCGAGAAGGAAAGCUGAGCUCCACGUUGAAGACCUGAGGGGAACUGUUCAGGCUCACUCCUCCAGAGAGCCUGCUUCCCCCGCCUCUCCGAGCCAUGAGGACAGCCACUUCCAGCUUGAUCGUGUCAGGAGCUACAUCUCCGCAGAGGGGAUCUCCAUCCGGAAUGCCAAGGAGUUCCUGGUGCGCCAGACCCGCACCAUGAGGAAGAAGCACGCGGCACUGAAAGCUGCAAAGCAGCAGUGGCACCAAGAUAUACAGAAGGCACAGGAGGUGGUGCAGGAUCCCGCCAGCUCCCAGCUCCUGGAGGGAGUGCGCAAGAACCUGGAAGAGGAAGCAAAGCAGUUGGACGAGAUGAAGUCGGCCAUGCGGAAAGGGCAGGCUCUGCUGAGGAAGAAAGAAGAGAAACUCAGCCAGCUGGAGUCCUCGCUGCUGGAGGAGCUUUCAGAUGAAGACACGCUAAAGAGUGCUGCGUGCAAGAAGGUGGUGACUUUUGAUCUCAGCACCUCUGAGGACACAAACAGCACCUCCAGUGUAAUUCUGCACGCGCCUAAACUUGGUUUGAGAACCGAUUUACAGCCUGUCCCCCAGCCGCACAAGAUCGAGUACUUGAAGGAGUCCCUGCAGCAUAUCACGAAUGAACUGAAAGGGGUCCUCGGCCUCUUGGACUCGCUGAACAGUCACCAGUCUCCGCUCUUCGCCUCGACGCCCUGCGAGGGCGUCCCUCUGCCCACGUAUGCCUCCUUGGCAGGACUGCAGGCAGGGGCCUCCCUGGUGCCCCCCACCGGGGUGCCUCUGGUCAACCAGUGGGCCCGGAGCACUGGGCUGAGCUCCAGUCGCUCGUUCGCAGCCGGACAGUCAGUGGACAGCAUGCUGGCAGAGAAAUGGCACAAGUAUUUCCCAGGGGGAUUCCCGUCGCUCAGUGGAAGUUCCAAGCCUCUGGACAGCAAGCUGGGAUACGUACCUGCAGACGAGCAAAUACGGCUGUUCCAGCACGCCCAGCUCCAGAGCCGAGAGUCGGACAAGAUGAGUAUUCAGGGAAUGAUUGAGACCAACAAGAAAUGGCUAGAAGACUUCAAGAGGGAUUCAACAGCACCUCUCUUCCCAGGCACACCGAAGCCCCCUGCCAGCAGCCCCAGCCUACUUCAGCUAGGACUGGAUGAAAACAGACAAAUUAAAGUGUACCAUUACUGAAAGGUGGGACCUGGCUCAGGAGAGACGGUGGCGGGGCCCCUCGCGAUGUUUCGGCGAUGCCCAGCCACCUCUGCUGCGUCUCUGUGCUGCGCCCUUGAAAUGAGGUCUCGUCACAAGAGCGUGGUGGCAGGAGGAAGAGAACUUCCCAGGUGGAUUCUCCUAAUCCUGUAAUACGUCCAAAUAUACUUUAUAGACUGUUUAAUCCAGCAGUGAAAUAUCAGGGCUUCAGUAAAUCAACAGUUCUCAUUAGUAUUCUAGCGACGGCGAGGCAGAGCUGUGAAUCACGGAGGCCUUGGAGUAACUGGUCAAGGGGGAGGCUGUGAAUCCAGCUGGGACUCUGCGGGAGGAAACGUGUCGGGAGAUGAGCCGCGGUGAUGCCCAGCAAACGCUUAAUUUGCAGGUGGGCCAAGUCAUCUGGCCUGGGGCACGCGGGCGAGCAGGGGAGAACGGGCAGCGAGGUGCUGUAGAAUUGGGGAAUGGCAGAUUCUGACGCUCGGGGGACCUUCCCCUCUUCUUGGGGAGGAGGCGAUAGGAACUAAAGCAGGAGUGGCUUUCCGUGGCGGAUUCCGGGGAAGCGCUCCCCGCGUCCUCCUUCCUGCCACGCCGGCCGUCACGUAGCUGUGCUAUGGUUGUCUUGGUGGGUAUUUCCCCCGAGCUGACUUUAAAUAUUUGAUGCUUUAAAAAAUGCCGAACCACUUGCCGCUCUCUCUGAUGAAGCCGCCUGCGUUUCAAGGGAUCCCAGCUGGGAGGAAUCGGCUUCAAAGCCGUGCUCUGUAGAGACGGCUGGUGCAGGGAGGGUGGCGAAGCCGCUGCUCUGCACCCGGUUGUGCCGGUUGUGGUCCCCGGUGCGGGGAAUGCCGGGCAGCAGAGCAAAGCAGAGCCCCCUCCUGCUUCGCCCCCCGGGUGGCGUGUGCUGGCACGGCGCCGCAACGGCUCGCGCUGCCAGCGUGGCAGGGAAACGUUUACAUGCAAAUAGAGACAUAUUUUUGACGAACAUAGUUUUAAAACUCCUAAGAAUGGCUGUAUGCUGUCCUUUGCUGAUUUUCUUAGAAUGUUUUUUAAUUACUUGGCGGGCCUUUGUCCUAGGAGACCCUCUGGUCGGGUCCAUGUUCUCCCACCUUCUGCUCGCUAACGAAACGCAGGGUGGGCCUGCUGCAGGCACCGCCACGGAGAACAUCGCACUGGGGGCCUUGCUGCGGAAAUCCUUGCUAGCUCUUGCCGGCUCCGGCUGAGGGGGGAGACCUGGGAUGUCCCCAGGGAAUGGCAGCCGCCCCAAGGAGCCCCUCUGCAGGAAGGGGGGGCUCAAAACGCAGGCUUCCCCCCUGCUGUUGGCUUGCACCAAUCCCUGGCUGUAGGGAUUUUGCUGAUAGCUUCCUGGCUGUUGGGGGGAGACGUGGCAGUCCUUCCAGUUGGGGUUUUGGGAAGGGACCCUGCGGCUGGGGGGGAUCUGUGGCACGGGGGGGCUGCCAGCCUGGCGGAUGCUGCGCCCGGAGCCGCAUCGCUGGGUCCAGCCCGCGUGUUCGGAGAGCGUGCAUUAGCAGCGCGGCGAAACGACUCUUUUCUUAGCACUAACCUGGUUUGAAACACGGUCCUUUUUCUUGUUAAAGCCUGCGCUAGCCGCUGUGUCUGGUUUUGUACACAAAUUAAAUCAACGCGAGCCUGUUUUGUAUGAUGGUGAUGUUUGCAGCUCUGGGUUUCUCGUGCCGAGAUGUUCUGUGGUAGCCCUGGAUAUCCAGCUCGUGCUUCCCUUUCACAUCUCCCCCUCGCUUGGCUCGGGGCCGUUUCAUGUUUUGUCUCGUCAAGGUCAUUUCUGGCAAUUUCCAAGACCACUUCAGCUCGCUGUGGCUGAUUACCAUUAUUCCGUUAAGUACCCGGCCAGGGUAGCAAAUGCAGGGGCUGACAGAGAGCUAAAAAACAGAACUACAAAAGCAAUUCUUCCUGGGGCUUUCAGGACCGCUUUCCGUGGGCUCCUGUCCCGCCCCUCUCAUAAAACUGUCACCCAGCCUGCUUACAAUGGCUGUCUCGCUCCGCAGCUUCGCGUCAAGGUUGGAGGACGGGCUGUGCUGCGGGAGCGGUCCAAGGCCAGCUCAGCCGGGUGCCCGGGGAUGGGCAAAGACGCUCGGGUCCCUGCCGGAGCGGGCGGGCAGCUCUCCCCGGGGAACAGGAGAAGGAGCCUUCGCUCCAGAGCUGUUCUCCGGCACCUUGGGAUGGGUCAGAACUGGCUCACUCUGCUGCUUUCUCCCUUCAUUUCGGAGCAGCUGUGAGUUUUCCCCGAGCG